AGAAAUAUGUAAAUGUAAAAUAAAAUAAAUUAAGGGUCAUUCAGGGCCCCCUAUGGUCCUGAGGCCCGGGACAACAUACCCGGUUGCCCCCCCCGUCGACGGGCUUUCCACUAUCAUAUGAACAGUUAUGAACAGGUUUAUACAUUGUUACUAACUAAUAAUUUAGUAAUGCUUUAUGCUGUAUGUCUAUUUUAGUUAUAAACCAUUAAUGGGAGCAAACUUUUUGGAAUCCAGGUCAUGAAAAACCUCAAUGGUAUUUGAAUACUGCUGGACUACAUUUUUGAAACAGAUCCAAAGAGAAAAAAUACCAAAACUUUCACCUUCGUCUUGAAGUCUGAGCUUACCAUCAUGGCACAUAGCUCAACAGAAUCUGUGGUCCGUGACAGCACAGAAGAAACCUUCGUGUUCCGUGGAGAGGAGUUGACAGCAGAGGAAUUCACACAAAUGCAGGACCACCUUUUUGAAAAUGUUUCAGAGUAUGUAAAACAAAACCGGAUGUCCACCAACACUCAGCUGUUCUCUUUUUUGACGGUGCUGAACGCGUACGUUCCCAGGUCCUACCUCCUGAUGCCAGAGUGUCUGCAGAUUCUUGGACCACCUGAUCCCAUCCACGGAGGCCCCCCCUUUGAAGCAAGAAUGGAGCCUUUUACCGAUUUUAUCAAUGCAUCCGGUUCAAACCCUGAACGUGUAUGCAUGAUUCAUCCAGUGGUUGCACAGGGGGCUGUGAAACUACUAGCUGACUCAGGGAUUUCCAGGAGUGCUACCGUGAAGACAUUAAUGUUCCCACUUUGUGGAUAUGAGCCACAACCACAUAUAAUCCAGUUCAUCAAGGAUUUGUUGACAAAGAGAGAAUUGGGAGACAGAGGUAAACAGAAGUUCUCACAGUUGAUUGAAGAUAUAAAGAAGUAUGAAAAUUUUUAUAAUGCUGUCUCUGUCUUGAAAACUGCAUCAAAAAAAUUCGGAAAGAACGCCAUGUACCCCCAAACCCUUUCACGUCUCUAUUACAUUGAAAGAUGUAAUGGAGAGAAAUGGAGAGAAAUCACUAACUCCCAAAAAGCUGAAAAAUGGGCAAAGGAAGCCAUUAAACGAGCUCCAGGCAACUCUUUUGUGGCUGACACUCUUGGCCAGGUCUAUAAGAGCCGUUUGAGGAAGGCCAAGGGACUGGAGGAUAUCUUACAGAUGACAGAUGAGGCCUUCCAAGCAUUUAAAGACGUGGAGAGGAAAGCUGACAGAGAAGAGGGCCCAGAAAUGGAUAACACAGCAGGUGUUGUAAGCACUUCAAAUAGCUUCAACAACCGAGGCCUCUUUGGCUAUGUUCAAGUGGCAAAGAUCGCCUUUGAGAAGCGCAGCGCAACAUUCAUCCCAUCAGACUUGGUAAUGGGAGUUGAAGCCAAGUUCGACUUUUUUGAAUGGUAUCUAACUUACUCCAUGCCUGACAUGUCAUCCUUAGAGCCAAAAUACUUCUGGGAGGACGUGGUACUUUGUUACAGAGACUACACAACAAAAACAGCAUCUGAAUCCACCAGCUUUCCAGGCCUUCUAGAUCAUCUGAAUCGCGGCCUUUUCAUGUCAAAGGGAAGGCGUGCUGGAUUUGAGGAGACCGAAGAAACAGUGUCUGAUCUAGAGACAGUCCGAGAUUUUUUGAAAACUACCUACGAGGCGAAUGUUGAUGAUGUCAAGGCAGCUGAGAGAUACAUCCUCUCCAACAUUAUCUUGAGCAACAAGAUACAAAACUCUCCUCAGCUCACAGUGGUGACAGAACUCCAAACAAUAAUAGUCAGAUACGUGGGCGCAGAAGUGGGGCGUAGAAGCCCUGAGUUUUACCUUUUGGUUCUGCUGUUGUUUUGGCCCGAGGAACAGCCGCUGGUGGCACAAGAGGAGGAUGAUGAGGAAGUGGAACGACAGUCCGCAAAGGAUGACGGGUCAGAAGACAGAACUUCGGAGGAUGAGGAACAAGAAACAAGAGGAGAGACUGUGCAACCAUCUCCCAAGCUCUUGUUUGACCUCGACCUGCAACAGCAAGUCACAUUCAUGAAGGAAGCAUUUGAAAGAGCUAAGUACGGCAAGUACCUUCGAGGCCGGUACCUUUUGCCUCUGUUUUUCCUGGGAAAGGGCUCCGGACUGAGCAAAUGGAUUCACAAAUCAAGGUUGGAUGCAAUUCUGGAGCAAACGAUGCAUGCUGAGCGAGCUGUUGAAAAGCAUGACAGAAUGAAGAAAGAGAGGCAGAUCAGUGAAAUGUGGGUCAGUGGGGAAGUGUGGCAAAUCCCAGAAAUCCAAGAUAUCCUUCUCCCGGUCCAGGUAGAGUUAGGACACCCUCCCAUGCCACAGGAGCAUGAAGAACAGGAAGUGUUUGUUUGUGCUGGAGGGAGGAAAAUCGUGGCUACGGUAGAGGCUAAACCUGAGGGAGUGCUGAGCCCAAUGCUUUUCUAUCUUGGCUUCACCAUUAAAGGUCCCGUCGUCUUCAAAGUGGGAUUUCCUCAAGAGUCUGGUCAGUGAUUAACAAUGAACAUUGUAGUACUGUAGAUGCACGGAUCAAUAGCUUGACAAAGUUAAUAGAUAUUUUGACUCUACAUAACCAGUGGUAGAGCUAGAUAUAAAGUCAGGCUUCAUCCUCUUGGCACCAUCAAUGUCAAGGCAACCCAGUCUGGACCAGAUGCUGCACUGUGCUAGUGUACUAGUUUUUACCCUGUAUAAGUCUGAUAUGAAGUACAGUAAAUUCUAAAUGAUCAGGGUCACCUGUGUCAGAAAAGUCAACUGUAUGGUAUGUAUGUAUUCAUUUAACCAUUCUGUAUUUGCAUAUGAACAUAAAUAGGAGGUAAGAGUCUUGCAAUUGGAUCGUAUUAGAUGGGUUUUUGGGUAUUUUGUUGGUUUUAAUGGUUUAUUGGUUGUCUUCCUGUUAUUUGAGUGUAUUGCUUUAUGUACAUCAUUAUCCUAACACUAAUCAAUGAAUCAAUCAAGUAUGUUGUGAAAAUGGCAUUGAAAAUGAUGUAUGCAAAUAAUUUAGUCAUUAAUAAAAUGCAACUUGCAAUGUGACCAUUUGUUUUCUGUGUAAGUUUUUGAGGAGGUUAACUUCAGCUGAAGUGCACUAAAAUGUUGUUGGAUGGUGAUGUUUGCUGCCUUCACAUGCUGUUGGAAAUAUUAAACUUAAAGUUAAGGGUACAUACCGUAUUACUUGAGUUGGCAUGUAUGGGAAAUUGCUAUAACAUUUGUUUCCAGAUGUUCUGCAAUUUCAAUAUAUGUCAGAUUUACAGACUGUUUUUGUUUAAUGUGUCUAUUUAUAUUGAAUCAGCAUUCAUUUGUCUUAAUUGUGUUAACUUUUUAAUUUAAUAAACACAUUUUUGGUCUUUCAA